CAAUCAUUGGUCGCGGUCUCUUUCGAUGCAUGCCAUCCACGCACCUGCUACCAUAGGAUGCAGCCAUUCCAUGAAUCAAUGGAUCAAUCAGUCAGUCAGUCAGGCUACCCCUUCUCCCCUCUCUCUCUCUCCUCCCAGCCCACCCACAGGUGCUCAGGCCUGAGCCUGCUAGCUACCCCCUGCCUUGUAGUCAGUCUGUGUGGUGUAUGUGUGGUUUACUUGUUCUUUCCCUUAUCUAGCGUCUUAAUGAUGGAAGGAUGGUCAUUCUUGGAGCCGACCACCACCCUCCCAUGGUCAUCCGACGACCAGGGGGGCGGGGCGUACGACCUUCUGGGCACGGGAGCCUGUGAGUAGACAGACAGACACAGGCAGGAAGGACAGGCAGGUACAUACGUCUCGUCGUUCGGCUGGUGGCUAGUCUGGCUGGCUGGGUGAGAUACCGGCUGAGACACUGGCGGGGACGCCCCUGCAGAUGGACGGACACACAUGACAUGCACAUCAAUCAGUUCAUGUCAUGUGUCCGUCAUUCCACUCUCUUACCGCCUGGGUUGCGAUUCUUCUGAUCGAUCAAGCAAGGAGGACAAAGAUAGUGUGUGUACAGCUGUGCAUGCCCCUAUCACACAUUUGCCUUCUCACCUCCCGCAGGGCUUUGAUGUCGAUCGGCGCGGCUCCCAUGAUCAUCUGCCAAGAACAGAGAUCGAUCAGCAAUACACACAUCUGUUGUUUCGCGGACCUUCUGUCCUCCCUUGUCCUUCUUUUUCUUGUCCUUGCGCCCCUUGCGGGGCACCGGGGGCGCAGGCUGCGAUGCCGAUGCAGUCGCUGCACCACAAACACAGCAAUGCUCAUGGAAAGACGUCGGUCUUUGCGCCUGUCCGCCUGCACGUACGGGUCUUGGUCGUAUCGUCAGUCUCCGUCAGAUCCUGACAGCAACACAUUGCAACGCAUGACGACCACGCACUCCCUUUGGAUCUAUCCCGUCGCUUGCCUUGUCGUCCUUGGCCUUGGCCGAGCUGCCCAGAUCCAACAACGGCACGUCAACCUGUGCAGUUCGUGCAGCAGCAAUCGGCACGUUUGUGCAUUUUGUGCGUACCAGCGCCCCCUGCGACAUCAAACACGCCUCCAGAGCGACACUCAACACAUCCUCCUUGCACCCAACACCACCGUCGUCCACCCCGAGAUGCCCCACCACCACCUUCAGCAACGCCAGCAGAUACUUGCAGACCCCGCCCACACGCAGCACCGACCUACACACACACAGACAUAGGCACACAUACAAACCGAUGCACACGACACCAAGCACGUCUACGUGCGCUCAUUUCUUACGCCGACGCGAGCCCUUCUUGCAGCUUCUUGCAUGUGCUCUCGUCGAUGGUGUGGAUGUCUAGGUCGCCGAUGGUCUUGUGGAAUUCGGAGAGUGUCAUGAUGGCCAUGGGUGGCUCGGCGGGCGUCGGGAGGUCGGCGAGUGUGGGCAGGGCGUCGGUGAGAACGUUCAUGAGUGUGAUGGCUUCACUGGGGGGCUCAGGCUCUGUGCCGAGCUGCACGAGGGCUUCUACAGUCAACUGAGAGGAAGAAAAGAGGGAAUGCAACACAACAACGCGGUGUCUCGUGGUCAUCCAUCCAUCCAUCCAUCCAUUCAUCCAUCCAUUCAUCCAUCCCCCGCACCCACCUUAGUCUUGCAGUAUUCGAUGACCGUGUUGGCGCCGACUUUAGAUGCUAUGAUGCCCGGCAGAAUGACGGCCAGGUGCUCCAGAACGGCCGCCCGGAUGUCGCCAGGGCCCUCAGCGCCGCACAACUUACUCAUCACCCCGGCCUUGUCGCCACCACCUGCGCACACAGACACGGACAUACGCACAGAUGCGCUCCACACAGACUCGUGUGUGUGCACGUGUGUGAAUCUGGUCCAUCCAUCCAUCCAUGCAUGCACCAGUCGCCCCUUCGCAACCGAGCCGAACCACCUGAAUACUGCCGAGUGCCAAUUCGCCACUGCCGAGCAUCACGUGCACGACAUCUCCCACCAGCCCACGAGCUCAG